UGAGGCGUCCCCGGCAGCGGUUGUUGCUCCUCAGCCCCAGCUGCAGCCAAUGCCCGCGGUCGUGCCUCCAUCUAUCCCCAACUCGGCCCACUCCCUCCCUCCCCUGCCACCCAUCGCCGUGGCCGUGGAGACGCCGCAGUUCCCCCCGGCUGAGGCGCAGCAGGGCGCUGCUGAGGGAGGGGAUGGGGAGGGGCAGGGUGAGGGUGCGGGUGUGUUGGCGCCUCCGGCUGUGGAGCAGCCUGUCGGUGGUGGUGAGGGAGGGGUCUCGGUGAUGGUGCAGCCAUUUGUGCCCCCCCAGCAGAUGAUGCCAGCGGUGCCCCAUGCGGCCCUCUUCCCGCAUAUCCCUCUCCCCAUGAUGGCACUCCCGGCUAAUCAGGCCAUGCUGGCGUUGGCGGCCAUGGGGGACGGCACGCAGCCUCCCAUCAUGAUGCCGAUGGCGCCCCAGGGAGGUGGGCAGGUGUUUGGCCUGGCGGUUGGGAUGGCUGUGGGCAUGGAAGCGGCUGCGCCGCCCCCGCCCCCGCCUUAUGUUCCAUCGCCCUACGAGCAGGGGCUUGUCAACAGCCCGCCACCGCCCGCGUCUGAGGUAAGUAGGGGGAAGAAAACGAGCACCACAGCAAAGUGAUUGAUGUCAUCACCCCAUGGAAUGAAUGCAAUUUGUGUUGCGUGUGCGUUUGUUGUAUGUGUGCAGCAGCAGGGUGGUUAUGGUGCCGGAGGGAUGCCAUCCCCCGGUUCGCCCCAGAGCAACGCCACGAGCCGCCCGCCGCCCCCGCCACUCACGCCCUCGCCUCGCCCCCACAACCAGCACAGCCACCGCACUCAUCAUCGCAACGGCGCCAGCAGGGAGGUCAUGGACAGCAGGGCCAGCCCGGAGCCACCCAGUACCACCACACGGCCACCGACCGAGGUGUGCCGGCCGGUGGCUAUGCUGCCCACCACGGGCAGGCGGCGAUGA